UGAGCCCGCGGUUGGGUUUAGAAACUUCUUGCGGACGGGAACAGGUUGUUCUUUCGGCUCAAGAUAAGGUCCCUGUCACCCAGAAGGCCUCGGCGUUAAUGUCGAGGUGGUGGACUCCACUAUUCAUCUCGAUGUGAACUCCACGCAAGGCUACUGCCAAGUCCGGAUCUGAAGCAAGCAUGAGCGUACCUGGCUGCGACGAGGACGCUCGGCUCACCAAACACAAAUAUUCAAAUCUGGAGGUAUAAAGCGUUCCAACACGGGCUUGGAAAAUCGGGUGCCUCACUGCCAGGACCACUGAAAAGCCAAGAGGAAUGUUGCUGUUGCGGACUGCUCAGGCGUGAGCUGUGGCUUUUUCUGCACUCCAGCUUUUCAGUUGCGGAGAGAGAAUGGAUCUGCCAGCCAAAGUUCUGAUGCAAAUAGCAAGGCGGAAGCUGAUGAUCAAGGCCAUGCCUUCUUCGUAUUCGGGCUCCUCCUUGUAUGAUUCUGCCACGUCCAGCGAGAGCAGCUCUAUCAGAAUCGUGGAGCAAGCAAUUCAGGUACUGGAAAGGCUCAUCAGGCUGUGUAACAGCAGCACCGCUGGGAGCUCUUCGAUCGUUGGCGCGAGCACCGCGAGUUUGAGGUUCAAUCACGCACAGUGCAGAUUCCUCGACCUGCAGAGCUUCCAUGACAAUCUGAGGAACUUGGUUGACGAGAUGGCGAGCUUGGACUCGACUUCAUGCGAGCAAUGCAGAACAGCGGCCGUGGAAAUAGCCAAAGUCACUCAUGACGCUGAGGUUCUAGUGUCCUGCUGGGUGUCGUCCGGACAGGAAGACGCUGAGGACUCGUGGCUGAUGAAAGCAAUCAUUUAUGCAGCGGACGAUGGGAUCUUCGUUGCGCAGCAGUACCAGCACCAGCAAUGGUGUGUGUCAGUGAUGGAAGUUGUCCUCGCGCAGUUCAGAGCAGGGAGAGACGAUUCCUUCAAGCACCAGAAGAAGAGGCUGGGUACCGGCAGCUAUCAGCACCACGUCCCAUACUGGAUGAUAGAAAGAACUUUCGAGAUAGCAGAGGAAACACUCAAUGCGGAAGCGGACCGUGGAUUGAUCCUGGCAAUGCGGCUGGACCGAAGAUAUCUGCUAGACAAGCUCCGGAAGAUGAAGCAAAAGCACGACGGCUUCUUUUUUAGGGGCCUGUCUGUUUUUAGUUCGAAGAGCAGGAAGGAGAAUCGGGUGGCGGAGAUUACCAGCUAUCUCGUAGCCAAGCUGGAUGCCGAGGACGACGGGUUUGAGUCCUACAUCGAGAGGAUUCACCAGAGAGAAUCCUGGGCAUUGGAUAAUAUCACCAGCAGAAGAACGGAGAAAUUGCUACUCGGUACAGGAUUCUUUGGCAUCGUUUACAAGUCCGAGUUUCUUGGAUUUCCUGCCGCGCUGAAAGUAACGGCUUUUCUCAGCCGAGAGUCCUUCUGGAACGAAGUGUCGGUGCUCGCGAGUCUCCGCCAUCCUCGCCUGGCUCAGCUUCUCUUUGCGAGCAUAACAAACGACGACGAGGAAUUUGGAGAAUGCCGGUUAUGGACAGAGCUGCUGCGGAAAGAUCUGGACAGCGUUUUAAAUCUCGGCCAAGGUCCUGUUCCACUCCCAGUAGCCGUCGAGAUCAUGCUCCAAGUAGCGGAAGGAAUGGCUUUUCUACACAGGAGAGGGGUUCUCCACCGGUGUCUCAACGCUUUCAACGUGUUACUCGUUCCCAGCACGACCGACUCGAGGCGGCGGAGAAGAUCUUCGAGCAGCAAACACGAGCUGGACGAGUUCAUCCAAGUGAAAAUCACCGACUAUGGAUUGCCAAAGACGAGGCUGGCAGGAUCCUCGUGGUUGCAGAGCGUAGCUUCUGACGACGACGACCAGGAAACCUUCGAGAGUCAGCAGCAGCGGCAUGAUGUGCCACCGUUCUGGCAAGCUCCGGAAGUCUUUGAGCAGCAGGAAGCCAGUUCCUCCGGCGAGGCUACGUUCACGAAGAAGUCCGACGUCUACAGCUUCGGUAUGCUCUGCUUCCAGAUACUUUCGAGCCGCAGGCCAUUCUCCGAUUACAAUCAACUCACGACCGAGUCGCAGCUCUUUCAACUGGUGAGCGUCGAGAGAGGCAGGCCCGACAUCCUUGGGCAUUCUCCGGCGUUCCUGGCGGUGCUUGCUCGUAGAUGCUGGAGCCACGAACCAGAGCAGAGGCUGUCCUUCACGCAGGUUUGCCUGGCGCUGAGGAGCCUUAAGGCGAUCAUUGCGAGAAGGCAGUCAUGGCAGCACCAAGAUAUCCUUCCUCUUACGAUGUCCGACUUUAGCCAGCUCGCCAGCCACCUUGGAGUGAAGUUCCUCGUCGACGUCAUUCUCAUGCACAACGAGAAACAGCAGCGACAACGAGAAGCUGGCGAAGGACUCUUCAUAUCGAUGCUCGAGAAGGAGAAAGGACCCGGGUUCUGGCCGUUUCCAAUGGACAGCUUCGUGCUCUGGCUAGCGAGCUCCGUGGAGCAACUAGAACACGAAGAUGGAUUCGGCGCGGCCGCAGAGAUCGCAGGGGACUUGAUGGCGAACUGGAUCGGUCCCGGCCACGAGUUUGAGCAGGCGGUCUUCUGGUACUACAAGGCCUCGUCUUGCGCGGGAGGAGGAUCAGCGAGGUGGAAGCUCGCAAUGUGCCUGGAGAGCGGCCUCGGGAUAGCCAGAGACGAGAAGCGAGCGCUUGGGCUCUACAAGCAGGCUGCUCGAGAAGGAUGCGCGAGCGCUCACGUAGAGCUCGGGAGGUGCUACCAGUCGGGAAGAGGCGUGGAGGCCAGCGAUCCAGACAAGGCCGUGGCUCACUUUGCGAAAGCUCUGGAGAUUCUCGAGAAGACGAAGAAGGAACAGAGUAACGACGGUGGCGACGGAUCUUCGCUCGACUGCGUGGAGCUUUUGAUGAGGAUGCUGGCGAUGGCGGGCCGGGAAGAGGACAGUGUCUGGGCCGCGGACAAGCUCCAGGAGAUUGCUGCGAGGAGCAGGCUUGGAAGGGUCGUUGUAGCGGGACCGGAUUGUUGCAACGUGAGAGAGCUGGUUGGCAUGCUCGGCGACUGGCAGAUCAAGGAGGUGUCGAGGAGACGAGCCAAAAUGGUGUUGGAGAGGCUGGCGGUCGAAGACGAUAUCCUCCAGCAGGCGCUACUCGCCUAGAGUACUUUAUUUUUUUUUUUCAACGGACUUC